CGGCGCGCGGGCUGAGGCCGCCCAGGAUGGCGCAGGGCCGCGGGCGGCGGGCGGGCUGCGUGGGGCCCUAGCGCGGCGGGGCGCACGCUCGGGCCCGGGCCGGCAUCGCGGCGGGCGGCAUCGCGGCCAUGGCCAAGGAGCGGCGCAGGGCGGUCCUGGAGCUGCUGCAGCGACCCGGGAACGCGCGAUGCGCCGACUGCGGCGCCCCGGAUCCUGAUUGGGCUUCCUACACCCUGGGGGUGUUCAUCUGUCUCAGCUGCUCCGGAAUCCACCGGAAUAUCCCCCAGGUCAGCAAGGUGAAGUCUGUCCGCCUGGAUGCCUGGGAGGAGGCCCAAGUGGAGUUCAUGGCCUCCCACGGGAACGACGUUGCGAGGGACACAUACGAGUCCAAAGUGCCUCCCUUCUACUACCGGCCCACGUUUUCCGACUGUCAACUCCUGCGGGAGCAGUGGAUCCGGGCCAAGUACGAACGGCAGGAGUUCACACACCCCGACAAGCAGGAGCCCUACUCCGCAGGGUACCGAGAAGGCUUUCUCUGGAAGCGCGGCCGGGACAACGGGCAGUUUUUAAGCAGGAAGUUUGUGCUGACGGAACGAGAAGGUUCCCUGAAGUAUUUCAACAGAAACGAUGCCAAGGAGCCCAAGGCCGUCAUGAAGAUCGAGCAUCUGAACGCCACCUUCCAGCCAGCCAAGAUCGGCCACCCCCACGGCCUGCAGGUCACCUACCUGAAGGACAACAGCACCCGCAACAUCUUUGUCUACCAUGAAGAUGGGAAGGAGAUCGUGGACUGGUUCAAUGCGCUCCGUGCAGCCCGCUUCCACUACCUGCAGGUGGCGUUCCCAGGGGCCAGUGAUGCCGAUCUGGUGCCCAAGCUGUCCCGGAACUACCUGAAGGAAGGCUACAUGGAGAAAACCGGGCCCAAGCAGACGGAAGGCUUCCGGAAGCGCUGGUUCACCAUGGAUGACCGGAGGCUCAUGUACUUCAAAGAUCCCCUGGAUGCCUUCGCUCGUGGGGAAGUCUUCAUCGGCAGCAGAGAGAGCGGCUACACGGUGCUGGACGGGCUCCCACCGUCCACCCAGGGCCAUCACUGGCCACACGGCAUCACCAUCGUCACGCCGGAACGGAGGUUCCUGCUGGCCUGCGAGACAGAGACGGAGCAGCGGGCCUGGGUGGAAGCUUUUCGGAAGGUGGUGGACAGGCCCAUGCUACCCCAGGAGUACGCAGUGGAAGCCCACUUCAAGCAUAAACCCUAACAAGAGGUGGUUCUGGAGGCCCGAGGGAGCUGGACUCGCUGGAAGUGUCCAUCGAGGAGGCAGCGGCCAGCCUGGAGGGCCGGCAGAUGGAGGAACCGGCGUCCGGGCCCUGCGCUAAGGGGCAGCCCCACACACGGCCAGGUGGGGCCUGAGCUUUAGCCACUAGGACCUGUUUCUCUGGACACUCGCUGCAGGCCACCGGCCUCUGACCCCACCGUGCUGCCGUCCCCGCCCCCUCCCUGCCCACUGGACCACCCUUCCUGAGGCCCGGGCCUGGCUCCGGGCAGCCCGGCAGCCCCUCACCGACUCCCCUGCCACCUGAGCGGGACCCUGCCCCUGAGCGGGAGGUCGGGCUAUGGGGACAGUGGGCGGCCUGCAUGCCUCCUCUCCUCCAAGUCCCCUUCAACAAGUAUUUAUUGAGCA